AUGGGUUACAGAUAUGGGGCUUGGAAGUUGGAUCUAGGAAUGGAGAGUCUGGAAUACGAAGAUGCAGCAAAAUCACAUGCCCUCCCAAGUCCACGGAAAUUCAAAGACCCCAAACGCUCCCUUAUCAAAGCUGAAUGGCAAAAGCCAAGGAUUGGAUUGGCUUUCCUUCCAAGUUCCAAUUCAUCUACAAGAACGCGAAUUCCCCCGCGAUUCUUGUCAAGAUGUCCCCAUGGCAGCCUCGUCAUUUGCAUUCACAAAUCUGGUUCUGCUUUUGGCAAGAGGCUCCACUCUCAUCUAUGUUUCAUUCACGCGGCUGAGCUUUCUUUGGUCAACAAUUCUAAACUGCAUAGGAGGUUGGGCUGGUUGAUUAGGAGCAGCGCUGAUGGUAGUGGAUUGGGUCCGUCUCUUACAAAUAACACCAGCAGAGUUACCAGACUUGUUAGGGCUGUCCAAGCCAUUCUAAUCGGGUUGACUGCAAGAAUCAAGAAAAUAAGGAGAAACUUUCCGGUGAAGUUGCUAUUUUUCUUGGUGGGCUUUUACUGUGCAACUGCCUUAACCACAGUUAUCGGGCAAACGGGCGAUUGGGAUAUCUUGUCUGCUGCUUUGGCUGUGGCCAUUGUGGAAGGGAUUGGGGCUCUCAUGUAUCGGGGCCAUUCUCUUCCUCUGGUGAACAGGGUCAGGAGCUUGGUGGCGGUGUUCAAUUACUGGAAAGCCGGUCUUUCGCUGGGCUUCUUCCUGGAUUCGUUCAAGUAUGAAGUGGAAAACAUUGUUAACGUUGGCUUCAACAGCCCCUUUGAUUUCAAAAUAGAUAUAUGCCCUAAAUUCUUUUAGCUUCAGCCGCCUAUGUCCAAGCCCAAGCAUCAAUGAGCCGGCCCAACGCCGUUAGGGCCUUA